AGGACAUGGACUGAACUUUCCUGUGGGUUCCCUGCUCAUUCCACCCAAUCAGAGGUGAAAAAAUGGCUGCCACAGAGCCAUCUCAGGGGCUGGUGACCUUUGAGGACGUGGCCAUGUACUUCACUGAGGGGCAGUGGGCCAUUCUGGAUCCCGCCCAGAGAGCCCUGUACAUGGAUGUCAUGCUGGAGAACUAUGGGAACAUGGUGGCUGUGGGAUUUUCGCUUUCGAAGCCAGCCUUGAUCUACUUCCUGGAACGAGGGGAGAUGCUAUGGGAACCUGAUCAGCAAGAAUUCAGAGUCAGGGAGAUCCUGUCAGGCAUCGGCUCAGGACACGAGUGUGUGAAUGAGGAGGAGGAAGAGGAGAAACCUCUUUGGCUAGUAAGUUUUACACCGGAAGACCAAAGCAAAAUAUUGUUGCCAAGAGCACCAGUGGAAGUUUCCCAUUACCAGGAAAAUGGAGAAAGCUCUAGCACUUGGCUUCAAGCAGAGAGGCAGAAAGGAAGUCAAGAGAUUAGAGCCAUUCCUAAUGGGAAAGGCAACAACGGUGUUGGUGAAAACACCGGCCGAAAGCCAAAUUGCAGGAACAGAAGCCGGAAGACACACACAGAACCGGGGAGAAAUCCUGCUGGGAAAGCCCCUGACAGAAUCCGAGCUGUACCAAAAUCGGAAAAAUGUUCAGUCUGUGGAAAGAGGUUUUGUAACAACACUUACCUUGUUAUCCACGAGCGAUCUCACACAGGAGAGAAGCCGUUUGCAUGCACAUUGUGUGGGAGAAGCUUCACUUCAUCUUCCAACCUUCUUUCACAUGAGAGAAUCCACACAGGAGAGAAACCCUUUGAAUGUACUGACUGCGAGAGGAGUUUUGUGCGGAAUCGAGACCUUCAAGCGCACAUAAGGAUCCAUACCGGAGAAAAACCACACAUGUGUUCCUACUGUGGUAAGAAGUUCAGGAGCAAAACGCAUGUUGUCAGACAUGAAAAAAUUCACAGUGAAGAUAGGCCAUUUAAAUGCUCGGUGUGUGGGAAGGGAUUCCGACUGAGAGAACACCUUGAUGUUCACACGAGGACUCAUACAGGAGAAAAACCCUACGAGUGCUUGGUCUGUGGAAAGAGCUUCAAUUGUGCGGCAAACUUUCACAGACACAAAAAAACUCAUGGAGAUGAGAAACCGCAUAAGUGUUCCGAUUGUGGUAAAAGUUUCAGGAAUAGCUCAGACCUGAAAUCUCAUAGGAGAAUCCACACCGGCGAGAAACCUUAUCAGUGUUCAGAUUGCGGGAAAAACUUCCGUUGCAGCUCAAGUCUUAUAACUCACAAGAGAACCCACAAAGGGGAAAAACCAUACAAAUGCCUUGAGUGCGGUAAAUGCUUAAGUCAAAAAUGGUGCCUUAUUAAUCACCAGAAAAUCCACAAGUAUAAAUGCUCAGACUGUGAUAAAAGCUUCAGCCAAAGCUCAGCCCUUCAGUUGCAUAGAAGAAAACAUACAGGUGAGAAACCAUUCAGAUGCUUGCUCUGUGGGAAGUGCUUUGAUCGGAGAUCUCUGUUGAUCAUUCAUGAAAGGAUUCACACGGGUGAGAAACCAUAUGUUUGCUCAGAGUGCGGGAAAAGUUUCAUACAGAAAUCCAAGCUUAUUCGACAUGAGAAAACACACACAGGAGAGAAACCCUACAGGUGCCCCCAUUGUGAGAAGAACUUCAGUGAAAGAGCAAAUCUUGUUCAACAUAUUAGAAUUCAUACGGGAGAGAAGCCGUACAAAUGCUCACAUUGUGGGAAAUGCUUCGGCCAGAGGUCACACUUCAUUGAACACGAGAGAUCCCACCCAGGAGAGAAAUCAUACGACUGUCUGGAAUGUGGGAAAAGCUUCAGUCAUAUUUCACGCCUCAUUAAACAUCACAGGAUCCACACUGGGGAAACCCCAUACAAAUGCUUGGAGUGUGGCAAGUGCUUUGCUGGAAACUCCCAUCUGAAGUCGCAUAAAAGAAUCCACUCUGGAGAGAAACCCUACCAGUGUUCAGAUUGUGGGAAAAGCUUCAGGCAUAACUCGGCCCUUACAGUUCAUAAGAGAACCCACACGGGAGAGAAACCAUUUCAGUGUCUGGACUGCGGGAAAAGCUUUAGCAACAGCUCAGGCCUUACGGCGCACAGAAGAACCCACUUGGGAAAGAGGCCAUUUCAGUGUUCCAGUUGUGGGAGAAGCUUCAUGAAAAGGUCUGGCCUUCUUAAGCACAAGAGAAUCCACAGGAGGGGGAAACCAUUCAAAUGCUCCUCUUGUGGGAAGGCCUUCAUUUGGAAAGCACAUCUCACUGUACACCAGAGAACCCAUGCACAAGGAAGCUGCUUUGGGUUUGUGCUGGGGAGGAGCUGCAGGAACGGAUCGCGCAGGAGCGUUACCCUGGAGCAACCUUUCUGGGGUCUGGUGACCUUUGAGGAGGUAUUUGUUCAUUUCACUGAGGAGGAAUGGGAUCUGCUGGGUCUGGACCAAAGAAGGAUUUACACGGAAGUCAUGGAGGAUAAUCAUCAGAAUGUGAUGUCUGUGGGCCCACUAGCAGAAUCAGCAAAUGGAUAA